AUGGGAUUCUUUUCGUCAAACAAGGAGGCGCAGAGUGUGUCGCCGGAGCCGAUCGACAAGGUCGAGCUAGAGCAGGUCAGCCCGGACCCGUCGGUGCCUGCGCCGGACCUGUCGCGCCAGGAGCAGCUGGAUGCGGCGAUCCAGAAGAAGCUCCAUGAGGAGCUGGGGAAGCUCCGCAAGCAGGAGAAGGAGGUCCAGACGCAGAUCGAGCUGGCCCUCGAGAAGGAGAACCUGGACAAGCAGGCCAAGUCCUGGUUCAGCCGCGACAAGGGGCAGAGCAGUGUUCUGCUGCAGCAGGAGCUGGAUCGCGUCAAGGCUCAGAACGAAAAGUACCAGCACCGAUCGGUCGCAGACUACCCGGAGCUGCAAAAGGCCCGCGACGCGGUGUCCCAGUGCUUCCUGUAUGUACCUGCCUCCUCACACACGCAGCGAGAACAAGCACCGCACCCUGGACUGCUGGAAGGAGGUCGAGGCGUUCAAGAAGGCCAUGGCCGACGCAGAGAAGGU